AUGAAGGCAGCAAAGGGGGGGCAGGCUUACCAGCCUGCCCCUCUGGCCAUGCCCACCCCAACUGCUGCCCCCAUAGCGCACUGCCACAACCCGGUGGUCCCCCCUGAACCAGCCCCCACCACUGCUUCUGUCCCUGCACUUACGAAGGCCCCAGUUCAACAUGUCCCCCUCCCUGGCCAUGCACUCUCCACCAAGAUGGUGAGGGUGCUUUUUGGCAGGAUCCUAGAUGCCACCACCAAGCAGCUGCACUUCACCAAUGUGCAGCAGGCCAUCACCACUCUCUUUGCAGGGAUUGGCUCUGCAAACUAUGUCACCUCAGGAAUGUGGAGCCACUUGGAAAAUGAGCUCUACCUUACCUUUGGUGAACAGCCAACAGACCCAGAAAUAGGGUUGCUGCUUUGGGGGAGAGGGGGGUUCUUUUCCUUUUCCUAA